AUGAAUAAGAACCCUACCUAUUUCGGUCCCCUAAACACGAAUCUAGCCUUAAAUUUCACUAUCUCCUCCUCAAUCAACACAACCAAAGACCCAAAAGUCACAAACCUUAAAUCCACUACAUUACCAAUUCACGCUGAAUCAAGUUCCGCUCCUUCUCUUUGUUGCUUCUCGUUGAAGUUUGCAACAAGAUUGCCAGAGGAUGGUGAUUGGUGGAAGAAUGUUGAAACAAAAUUGUUGUUGCUGAGAUUCAAAGAAAAUUCAGAGAAAACAUGGUUGCCGCAUUUAGAGUCAAGUUCGGUGCAGGCCUGGAACGAUUUUGACAAUUGUAUGAAGGGCCGGUUAAGUCUAACUGUCAGUUUGGAUUUGAACUGGUUUUUUGUUGUGAACUGGUGUUUUGUUGAAUACAGAUCUUUGGCCAUGAAGAAGGAAAUGGAAAGGACUUUGAAAAGUAUUGGAAGAUUGGUUUGA